UUCACAUGAUUGCAUUCUGGCACCACUUUCUUUUCAUUUGAAAUUAAGAGGAAUGCCUCCCGUGUGAUAAACUCUCCAGAGUCAAGGGGCAGCCACUGAAAAAGCUGAAAAUCUCAUGUCCAACUGUGCCUGGGAUGAUGUUGAGACUGGGAUGAUGAUCUCGGGGCACAGACAAGCUGUCUAGGGAGAUGCAGGUUCUGCUAGAUAGCCUUGAUCUGAAACAAAUGGUUUCAUGUCUCCACUCCUAGGAUUAAAUAAGUACUGUUUUGAAUGCCUGGACAGAAAUGGGAUGCUAGGGAGGGAUUUCAAAAAGGUGGGGAAGGGAAAUGGAAGGUCCUGCUCAAGCCUUUGGUGACAUAAUGAGUCUCCUGAAGAGGGUGGGAUAUGAAUGUGGCUCUGAAAACUGAUUCGGAAAGAAUCAUAGGGACUUGUGGAUGGACCCACCACACCUUUUCAGGGUAUGGUGCCCCACCUGCUUAUCCCUUGAGUUUCCACUGGGAGAAAGAAAGGGGGAAAGAAAACCUUUUCCCCACACACCAGAGCCACCUUUCUCUCACUGUCAUGCUUUGUAACACUAAAUGCUCAGCUUUGGGACUGGCAAGCAGUCUCUAAACUGAGGUUUAUAGUACUAGCAUAGGACCAGAAGAUGUUAUGGUGAGAAGAAAAAUAUUUCCCUUCCCACAUUGCUAUAAAAGCCCUACUGAGUUCCUGUUCCAAUCUGAAUAGAAUCAUAGAAUUGUAGAGUUGGAAGAGACCCCAACGGCCAUUCAGUCAAACCCCCCUGCCAUGCAGGAACUCUUAAUCAAAGCAUCCCCGACAGAGAGAGAGGAUGAGUCCCAGACUCAACAAGAAUCCAGACCAGGCAGAUACCAGCUGAUGCAGAGCCGCCAUACUGCAUAGGCCUUGAUAUAAAAUACCUCCUGUUGAUAUCCUGACAUGUCACUUGGUGAAGUGGAAAAAAAGAGACCUGUGUUCCUUCAAGCACUAACUCGGGCACUGAUGACAACUUCCCAUUUACACUUGUACAAAUCUGCUACUUCCUGCAAACCUGAAAAAGAACUCAGUUCAUUUUUUAAAAUAUUCCAUCAUAUUGUAUAUAUCGGUGAUGGCGAACCUAUGGCACGCGUGCCAGAGGUGGCACUCAGAGCCCUCUCUGUGGACACAUGUGCCAUCGCUCUAGCACAGUUUGCCAGUGUUUGUUACUAGAAAGCUAGAGAGACACGGCACUUUGCAAUAAAUAAGUGGGUUUUGGGUUGCAGUUUGGGCUCUCGGCCUGUGAAAGGUUCACCAUCACAUAUAUAUGGACCAUGUAAUUUAGUCAGGCACUGUGAGAAAACAAAACACUUGCAACUUUCUCCAGUCAGUGUCUGCAUCUUCUUUUUCCUAAGAUAGUCAUGGCAACUGCUUCCAAGGAAUUGGAUGGUGUAUUUUGGCAAGCCCUGACAUUGUACUUUUCAAAGAGUAGGAACAAGAAAAACACUGUUUUUUUCUUGAACUGCUUUGUGUCCCUUGUAGAAGGACAUUUUCAUGAUGUACUGUUCUGGGUGUAUGCUAUGGCAUAAAAAACCAGCUAUACGUGUGUGAUGAAUUUUGAAAUAUAAUACUUCAUAUUCUCAUUUAGAGAUCUGUUGUAGAUUGGUGCUAUAGAGGAAAGUGGGCUAGGCUUUUGACCUGAUCAACAUUUAUUGCCUUAUUCUUGCAAUGUGUCUCACUUUCUUCAAUAACUUUAAAAUACUACUAGGUUUUAUUAAUCUGCAGUGUUGUUCCUGGAACUAUUGAUCUUUAUUGCAGUUUGCCUAUUCUCCACUUGUGAUACAUUAAAGUUGGUAGCGGAAGAGUAAUGGGUAAGUAAUCCUGCAAUUCAACAAGCUUAAAACUUGUGCACUGCAGCAAUACAUCUGCAAAACAAGAGGUUCAAGCUGUUUAGGUAAGCAAGUUAACUUUGUUAACCAAGGAAAGCCAAAAAUUACCUAGGAGCAUAAAUUAAUCUGAUUCUUUCUGAAACCAAAUCAGACGCUGAGUGUGAAUGUACAGGUAACAUUGAUUUAGAAACAUUUUACUUGUUAAUCUCUACAAUUUGUUUUGCAUUUUUAUUGUACAGAUACUAACCUUGUGUCUGGGUCAACAUUUCAUGCAAGAAUGACUUCCAAAGUCUCUUGGAGAUUCUUGGUAAUCUGUACACUCUUUUUCCCAAUGACUCUUUGUUUUCUGCAAGACCAGAGAAGAGUGUUACUUGUAUCUUUUGAUGGGUUUAGGUGGGACUACAUCUAUAAAGUCCCAACACCAAAUUUCCAGUACAUCAUAAAGAAUGGUGUUCAUAUUAAACAAGUUACCAAUGUGUUUAUUACUAAGACAUAUACUAAUCACUACACAAUGGUGACUGGACUCUAUGCAGAGAGCCAUGGUAUAGUUGCUAAUGAGAUGUAUGAUCCAAUUUUGAAUGAGACUUUUUCCAUGAACCACAUGACUAUACAUAAUUCUAAAUUUUGGGAAGAUGCUUAUCCAAUAUGGAUCACUAAUCAAAUGCAAGGACAUAGAAGUGGAGCUGCAAUGUGGCCUGGAACAGACGUAAAAAUACAUGGUGUCUUUCCCACACAUUAUAUGCUUUACAAUGAAUCUGUUAGUUUUCAAGAGAGAAUUUCCAAGCUUGUUGAGUGGUUUAUGUCCAAAGAGCCCAUAAAUCUUGGAUUACUCUAUUGGGAGCAGCCAGAUGACAUGGGACAUAUAUUGGGUCCAGAAAAUCAUCUUAUGCGGGCAGUGAUUAGUGAUAUUGAUAAUAAGCUGGGCUAUCUUGUGUCAGAACUGAAGAAAGCAAACUUGUGGGAUACGCUGAAUAUCAUCAUCACAAGCGACCACGGAAUGGCACAGUCCUCAAGGGACAGGAUCAUAGAGCUUGAUCGUUAUGUGGACAGAAGCCUCUAUAGAAUGAUUGACCAUUCACCUGCUGUUGCUAUUUUACCUCAGGAAGGCAAAUUUGAUGAAGUAUACAGAGUUUUAGACAAUGCUCAUCCACAUAUGACUGUCUAUAAGAAAGAGGAUAUUCCACCUAGACUUCAUUACAAACACAGCAAUAAAAUUCAACCCAUCUUAGCAGUUGCUGAUGAAGGAUGGGAAAUCUUGCAAAACAAGUCUGAUAAGUUUUUAUUAGGUAACCAUGGAUAUGAUAACUUACUACCAGAAAUGCAUCCUAUGUUCUUAGCCCAUGGGCCUGCCUUUGCAAAGAACAUCACCAAACAAGCAAUGAAUUCCACAGAUGUAUAUCCCCUGUUGUGUCAUCUGUUGGGAAUCAAUCCACUGCCCAACAAUGGAUCACUUGAAAAUGUGAAAGAUCUACUUGUUAGUUCAGUCCCAGAAGAGCUACAAUAUAGAACCACAACAUACCAGCAAGAAUCAUAUGUCUGUUUCAUAGGAGUUUUUCUUGGCAGCAUACUUGUGUUUGUUUUCCUUCUGACGUUCAUAAGGCAUUUAACUUACAGUCAGAUUCCAGCCAUAGGAGUGCAAAAUGUUGAAAUAACUCAGCCAUUACUUCAGGCUUAAUAUGUUUAAAAGACGACACUGCUCUGCUUUUUGAUAAUUUUCAAUCUUUGGUUCAACAAAACCUUUCUCAAAAUUGUGUAUGUGAAUACACAGAAGCUAGACAGGCUUGUAAUUAAUAACUUUUUGAAAGAUGGAAAAUUCUUAAAGGGUAAUAUGGAAGGAUAUAGUUAUGAAUUUUACAUUGGUAUGCAAUUCUAGAGUUAGAGCCAGCACUGUGUAGUAGUUUGAGCAUCUGACUACCACUCUGAAAAAUAGGAUUCAAAUCUGUGCUCGGCUAUACAAACCCACUAGGUGAUCUUGGGGAAGUUACAAUUUUGUAGCCUCAGUGGAAGGCAAAGACAAACCCCCUGUGAACAAAACCUGUCAAGAAACCCCAUAAUAGGUUCACCUUUGGGUUACCAUAAGUCAGAUACAACUUGAAGGCACACAACAAAAAUACAACUAAAUCACUGGAGGUUCAGGGAGAAAAUAAUCUCAUAUGCACUUUUUGUAAGUAUUCUGGGUUGGAUCAAGAUUUCUCUGAGUACAACUUAAGGUUUGUUGUUGAAACAAAAUUAUUUAGAGUGGGGAAAGUGAAAAGAACAGCAAAAAGCCCUAAAAUGAUCGUUCCAGAUUUGGAAAUGAACAUUAAAAUGGUGAACGUAGUUCAACGUAAACAAGUAUAAAAAGAUGAAUAUGCAAAGGGUUGUAAACUCACACACUGCUGUAAACUCACACAACUGUUGUUGACUGAUCAGGUAAUAGACUGGGUUUAUAGUGGACAGCUUGAUGAAAACGAUCUAAUGUUCAACUGCUGUGGAAAAAACAAAGUCCAUGCUUGGAAUCAAUGGUUAAGGUAUUCAACAUAUAGUCCGCCCUCCCUUUCUGCAGGGGAUCCGUUCUGGACACACAACACCCCCGCGUAAGGGAAAAAAUGCAGAUACUCAAGCCCCAUUCAGUUGAGUGGGGCUCGUGCCGGCAGUAGCAUGUGCGCCAUUGCUUUUUCUGGCAUGCGGCACCGGAGCUUCCAGUGCAGCUUCCAGCAUACGCUGGAAGCUGCAUAAGAGGCGCCUGGGCGCACUGUAAAACUACCAGAAUCAUAAUGCUUUAUGAUGCAAUCCAA